GAGGCGGUGGAGGAGGAGGGCGGGACGAGUGAAGGAGGAGGAAUCUAGACGGGUGGUUUAUAGCACUGUCAGGAUCCCGCCAGAGCACGCCAGGCCACCACGCCCAAAAUGACCUGUGAAUGCCCGAUUCCCAAGGCACCACUUCCGCCAGGGGAUACGUCCGCGGGGAUUGGACGCGGUGCGGGCGGAGUGGGAGAUGGCUCUCAGAUGGUCCCUCUGGCUGGCUCUUUACGGAAAAGCAAGUAAUAGGUAUACUUAGAAACACCACCAACCCGGUAAGUCCCUCGUCUCGAGCCGCCGCGUCUUUUCCUUUUUCCGUCGUAUUUUUGUCUAAUUUUCCCUAUUUACCCCUUCCGUUCUUCUGCACAGUUCUUCCGAUUCAGACACACCCACGGGCGGGAUCUGAUAGGCUGCGCGCGGAGGGCCGCUAUAGUCGGGACGGUGGGUAUGGCGCCGGGUGCCAAUUGUGGAGCACACACAGGGCGAGGGAGAGUCCCGACUGUCUCGUUUCUGCUCGUGCGAUCGUGCGCGACGUCCUGGCCCAGAGCACGAGACCAGAGUCGCCAGAGAUAUUGGAGGGGAGAAGACUCGCAGAGUUGCGAGUGUUGGGUCUAUGAUUUACUGCUGGGAGAGACGACACCGCCGAGCCCGCCGCUGUUGGGACGGCUUUGAAGGGGGGAAAAAAGGCAAAAGAGCUGGCCGUCGAAUGAGAGGCGGCAGCGCAGAGACAAGCUGUUGGAUUCCAGUGCGCACCAAUGCCGAACGGUCAACGGGAGAGUCAGACUGGAGGGGGGCGCUACUCGCCGGCAGACUGCCACGCCGUCGUAUGCAACCCAGAUGAUUAGGGGGGCAGGCCGAGACCUGCCUGGAAUGCUCAACCGAUUAAUCCGAAUCGCGAAUGAGGACGAGUCGU